AGGCUAAUCGUAACUACUUAUUAAUUUUCAAGCUGUGUCAAUUAAUCAAGCCCAAUCACAUAGUUUCUUAUCGCAGCAUAGGUAUUCAGCUAAUAUUUAAAUAUAGCUUCAAGGCAAUGUCAAGUCUUCAUAUUAACCAUAAUUCUGCAAAGAACUUAGUAGAUGUUUUUACAUUAAAAUAUAACAAAUUUAAAGCUUUCCAGCAGAAACGGGCAUGUUUUGUUUACUGAGAUUUCCAAAAGUAAUCUUUAAAAUAUUCAGGCUGAGUUUAGUAGAUUGAAAACAAAACAUAUUUUCAGUGUAAUUUCACCAAUCCAUGAGUGCAAAAUGAAGUGUCCUUAUGUCUCUAUGUUGGUACCUGUUGUAACCUUUUUAUAAUUAAAUGUACAGUAAUUCUAAUUUUGUUCAAAUAUUUGAUCAUUCCACAUGAGCUUUGAAUGUUUAUUUUUUGUUUUUAUUGAGUUGCCCUAUAAAUCUAAAACCAUUUCUAGCAGUUAUAUAGAUUUAUCAUUUAUGUUGUUUUGAAUUAUACUGAAAUUAUACAUUAGGCAAGCUAUUGUAAUUCUUACCAAGAAAAUAGACCAUACAGAAAAUCCCUUCUACUGCUUUUACAUUAUACUGUCCCGUCCUACUUAAAAAACAUCUUCUUGACAUAUAUUCCAAUUCAAGUAUAAUACUUAAAGGACAGCCAAUUUAUAAACUUUUCAAAAAUUGUAUAUAGGAGCUUUCCAAGAAAGUUUUCAGUAUAAAAGAAUUAAUGUAGAUUUUCAAUUAUAAAGUACACUAUUCUUGGUUUAAAAUGUUUUUUUUACCUGAUGUAAUGGUAUUUCAACAAGUAUUUACUUGGCUCGGUUUGCUUCUAUAGUAAGCUGUAAAACACGUUUAUCCACAAUUAAUUGACAGCAAUCUUUCAAGUGGUGCAAGAGAUGAGUAAUUUUUAAAGAGAUAUAAUUUUUCAAUCUAGUUAAUACCAACUUUUCAUGAGAAUAGAAACUGGAGUACUGAAAAAUGGAUAGAUCUACAUUGCUUAUUUGAGACAGCUUCUAACAUUCUUUGUUCUAUUAUAGAUUCUUAUCAAACACCAUGCAUAUAAUUUUAUUAUAUUCGAUGAUUAAUUUUAAAUAUUCCUGCCGUUCCCUUCAAUUCCAAGCUAAACAUAUGUUAAAAACUCAUAUAUAAUAAAAGUACAUUAAAAAGCCAUAGGAAAUCCAAACAAUAUAAAAAUAAUUUAUUUCUCCUGCAGAACAGAAUCUAAUUUUGUUAUUGUUCAUUUGAAGCUCUACAAUUGCAUUCCAUGAUUUAGUAGCUGCAGCUAAAAGAACUUUGAUACAUAUCCCUAAUAAUCACGUCACAAGAAAUCAGAACUUCCGUGUACCUAGAAAUUUUUUUGUGUCUUAUUGUGGCCCAAUUUAUGAUUCUUUAGGGUUUUAAAAGCCCACAAUAGCAGGGUAUCACACCACUGAUAUCUCUUGUAGGAGAGCAUAUUAAAUAUAUUAAAUCACUAUAGACACCAUAGCCAACAAAUCUAAUUAGUGCAAAGAGCAUGAGAAAAGUGUUAAGUUCUGAUCUAAAUAUCUGAAAAUCUCUCGGGCAAAAGUAAGGCUUUUUAAAAUUUAGAUUAUUCAUCAUAAAUAUCUUGAUAUCAGGAUCAUUUUGCAGAAACAUUAAAUAAAGCAUACCUUUUAAUUUUAAUUUUCUAACUAAAAUGUCACUAGAACUAAUGAACUACUGUAUGUUAUACCUUUAAUUUUCAGGUAUUAGUGAUUAUCAGAUUUGCAGUGCUGAAAAUUAUCUUUAAUAAUUUUCUUUUAUUCCAUUCAUAGGUUUUAGAUUUAAAAGGAAGGCAGGAAUAUUUGGAAUACUGCUACUUGUUACCAAAGGAAAAUGAGCACUCAGAAGAGGAAGAAAUACAAGAAGUGUGUGAUAAGAAUGAACAAGCUGAUUGGAAGGAGAGGGAGAAUCUCACUUCUAUCUCCUUGGUGAGAAUAAGGAAGGAACAAACUUAUUCUUGCUUCUUGAAAUUUACGAUAGCAAAUAUUACUGCAUUCACAUGCUACAUGUUUUGGGAGAAAAAAAAAUAGAAAAGGGAAAAUAGAAAAAUGAUAAUUGAUAAAGGGCAUUAAAGAAUUUGAAAAUAUUUCCCUAAACCAACGUUUUUAAUGUUUAAUUAUAAAUUUUAAAAAACUAUGCAUUUUGUAAGGAAAGCACAUUUAUCCAUUGUUCAGAGUGCUUUUUCAGGAGGCAACGGGAUUUUUAAGUUUUUCACUCAUUUAAGAAGCUUCUUCAGCUGACUGGAUGGUGGGAAAUGGAAGGAUAUAUAUUCCUUGUAGACAGCUGGUAAUGUAUAUUCUUUGGAUGCACUUGAAUAACUGAUCUCAACAUGUCUCCAUUCUAUUGCUUUAAUUGCAUCCUACUCUUCUGAAAGUGAUCUAUGUAUUCAUUUAAUAGCCAGUUUGUCCAGUGGCUUAUAUUUGUGUAUUAGUUAACAAAUGUGUUUAAUAAUAUAUUUUCUAAGUUGCUAAUGAGAUUAUUGAAUUAUAUAGCCUUUUAAGAUAAUUGUUUUCAAAGUAGUCCCUAACAGAAUAAAAGGUAAUAUAUAAAAUCAUAAAGGAAACACAAACAAUAAAGGAACAAAGCAUUAUCAAUCAUCAGUUAACAUACUCAUUGCAAGUGAAUUUAAUAAACUUGUACAUUUGCAGGAUUAGUUUAAUAUUUCAAUGGCCAAGUUUACAAAUCCCAAUCGCUAGGAUUUUAUUUCAUGUUAAGCCAAAAAUUAGAAACCUAUGGCUUUGUAUAGUAUGUGAAUCAAGUUUAUUUCUUUGAUAUUCUCAUUUCAGCUUUAAGUAACUUAUUCUUUGUGGAGAUGUACCAAUUUUGGGGUGUAUCUUGUUUUGUUUUGCAGAACCACAGUACUAUUGACUUUUACUCCUUAGGUUGUUUUCCAGUUAAUAUCCCUCUGAAAUUAUUUUGGAGUAAGUGUGAAAAUAAGGGUCUAAUGUUAUAAAGUAGUUCAGAGACAAUAUAUAUGCUAGUUGAAAGCAGCUGUUUCCAAAGCUUACAAUUUGCCAUUUGAAAACAUUAUCUUGCAAUUCUUAUUAUAUUAGUUCAAGCUAUGUCUAGCUGCUCCUUCUGUAUUAAAAGUAGCUGUCACUAUUAUCAAUAUAUCAUAUUCAUACCAUUCUAAAGGCAUAUGAGGUUUAUAGUUUGUGUUCAUUUCCCAAAUAUGGAGGUCAUUAUUAAUUACAUUUUAUGGCAAAUUGUCAUUCAUAUAGUCAAAGCGUUGGUUUUUCCCAGUAGUAAUAUACGAUUAAGAGUUGGAUCAUAAGACUGAGCGCCAAAGAAUUAAUGUUUUCAAAUUGUGGUGAAGACUCUUUUGAGAAUCUUUGAACUACAAGAAAUCAAGUCAAUCCUAAAGGAAAUAAACAUUGACUGUUCUUUGAAAGGACAAAUAUCACAAUAAAUAAGUCAAUGGAAAAGACCCUGAUAUUGGGAAAGAUUGAAGGCAAACGGGGACAGGGAUGGCAGAGCAUGAAAUGGUUAGUUCAUCAACACAAUGAACAUGAAUUUGGACAAACUCGGGAGAUAGUGGAAGAAAGGGGGUUCUGGUGUGCUAUGGUCCAAGGGGAUCAUGAAUUGUAGUGACUUAACUGACACAAGUCUGGGCUGCUAACAUUCAACAAUCAUUAAAAACAAAUUAAAAGCAAAUGUAAAUAAACAUCCACUGUGCUAAAUAGGAUUACCCAUUACCUAGAUCCAAAGUUCAGUGAAGAGCCUGGUCCAGUAAGGCUAGGACCAUCUGAAUGUCAAGGAGAGGGCUAUUCCAUAGAUGGGUCCUAUAAGGGUACUUUUUGGACUGAUUAGAUGGCAAUGCUUGAUUCAGGGGUUCUGGAACAUACCCAUCCCACCUCCUUAAGUGAGAUGUAAUUGGAGGUUGGAGGGACAAUCCAACAAAUGGAAUCCUACUUGAUGAGGGGUUUCAGAAGUGAAAUUCAAAUCCUAAAUUGCAUCUGUUAAGUCAUGGUCAACCCAUCUAUUUGUCAAUAUUUUUAACCAGAGAAAUGUAGACAUGGUGACACAUAUUGCUUUAAGUCCUUUACUCAGAAUUCAUGACAUUUCUCACUUCCUUCUAGUAUUUUUAAAUUAUAAAUUGAGCAAAUAGCAGUUUUUGCUAAAGAAGCCAGUGUUGAAGAGUUGGUAUGCAGAGUACUGGUCCUAAUGAAGUUCCCAAUACUGACCAAUUUCAGCAUGAGAGGUAUAAAAGAUGGCAUGUUAUUCAUCAAGAUAAUUUUAAAAAAUGCUAUUUUGUGCAAUUUUGACUGUUGGUCUUACGUUCAUUGUAGUCCUGUAGCAAAGAUGUGGUAAUAGGAUUCCUUUGGAAAUAACUGUAAUUGUCUUGUUCUAGAACAUAUGUUCAGCCUGGUAAUAUGAAAUGAAUCUAUGUUCAGCCUGGUAAUAUGAAAUGACUUAUAUGAUUUACCUUUAACAAACUUUUCAGGAACAAGCGAGAAACAGUGGAGAUGUAAAUUUGACAAAUUUUCAUCAGAACCCUAUAGAUUUAGUCCAAGCUAUUAGCCAUGAUGUGAGCCUUCAUGAUGCCACAGUGAUGGGAUCAGACCGCGCUAAUGUAACAGAUGUGGAGACGAUUUUAGAGAGUGUGGAGAUUUUACCUGGCUUAAAUAUAUCUCCAACAAAUGAGACCAACAUGUUAGAAUUAUGUGCAAAUGAUCAUUGCACAAGUCUUACACACCAAGAUUUCUUUUUCAGCCUGAAUGAAAAUGGAUAUGAGAAAACACAUUUCGCACCAUUAACCAUGGAAGAAAAUUUUGACUUUGCAAAAUCCUGUUGUUUUGAAGAACGAGAUUCAGAUUCUGGACCUUCUUUAGACUUAAAUCAUAGUAAGGCAUCCCUUGUAUUUUCUUGUAACAAGGAUGCCAACUUUGGCACAUCACAUGACUCAGGAGCUCUAGGAAAUAGUUGCCUACAAUAUUGCCAUACAGAAUAUCAAAGCAAUUAUGACCAUGGGACAAAGUCACUAGUAGAUAUAUUCCAUGAUCAUAUAUACAAUCAGGAUUUACAACAGCUGACAUUCCCUGUAUCAGUGGAUUAUUUCAGAUGGCCAGAAGAAUCCAAAACAACUGAAAAUGAAAGUAAUACAAAUCUAAAUGAUGAAUACCGGGCAAAAGCUCUGAGAAUCCCAUUCUCUAUUAUUGAUAUAGUGACCUUGCCUGUGUCUUUUAAUAGCAUGUUAUCAAACUACUACCUAACCGAUAACCAACUGUCACUGAUUCGUGAUAUAAGACGAAGAGGAAAAAAUAAAGUUGCUGCUCAAAACUGUCGUAAACGUAAACUAGAUGCAAUUAUGAACCUGAAAGAUGAAGUGUAUCAUCUUCAGAUGCAGAUGGAAAAGCUUGAGAAACAGAAGGCGCAAUAUAAAAGGUCAAUUCGCAAUAUAAAACAAAAACUGAAUCUUUGCUGGAACUUUUUCAGUAAAUUGAGAGAUGACCAAGGAACAAUUAAUACAAGCCAAUGUGCCCUUCAGGGUUGUGGAAACGCAAUCUUAUUUUUACCUUUAAACGGAACCCCCAAACUGAAAUAAGACAAAAAAUUUAAAUGUUUUAAUAAUGGUGUAUAAGGAUUGCAUUUGCAAGAAGCCAGAAGAAAACAGUGAAUUGUAUCCCUUGUCUAAUUUUACUGUUUUGAAGAAUUUCAAACUAAGUAACUUUAAAAUAUUUUUAUAUUUGUUCUGCAGUUUAUUCAGCUCAUAUAUGGAUUUUGAUGCUAAUGUGCUAACUACAUGCCCACAGAAAUCCUAUCACCUGCAAUUUCACUAGUUACAGAUAAGCAUCAUUGUUUUCCACAUACAUUGGGACAAUGGAUGUUCCAAGAGUAAUCAUACAGGCAUUUCAGUAGCUAAUGGCAGGUGGGGCUGAGGUAUAUGGGUUAGCCUCCCACUCUUUCUGACAUUUGCCUUAAUUUCCAUGUUCCACUUAGACAGUUAUUAAGCCUUACUUUUUUGCAAGGGUUGAUAAUAGACGUUUGAAAUUGAGGGUGUAUUAUUCAUUUCCAGGGUGUAUAUCAGUUGUUUCCAACGUUUUUUCUCUAUACCCCACCUAAGCAUCUCUAAAAUCCUGAUGACCUCCCCCCCCACAAAU